AUGACUGAUUCCCAAACAAGAUACUCGCCAAUGGAGAAGCUCGUCUUGGCCCUUGUCUCGUCUAAAACAAGCCUCCUUCCAUAUUUCCAGACCCACCGGAUCGUGGUUCUUACCGAGUACCCUUUGAAAGCUGUCCUUCGGAAAUCAGAUUCCUCUAGCCGAAUUCUUAAGUUCUCUCAAGAUCUGGCCAAUUAUGACAUUACGUUCGAACCACGGACCUCGGUGAAAGGCCAAGCUUUAGCUGAUUUCUUCGCCGAGCUGACACCUGGCCUUCAGGACGAAGCCAACCUUCUUCUGCAAGCCGAAGAAAAUCAACGGCUCGCCGAUACCGAAGUCACCAAUGAUACUACCGAACCAAGAUUCGACGCCGCCCGCGCCCGGUUUACCAUAGGGAACAAACGCCCCAAACGGGAGUGGAAAGUAUUCUCUGGUGAUGCUUGGCGUCUGAAUGUGGACGGUGCCGCGAAUGUCCACGGAGCUGGGGCUGGAAUCGUUCUAGUUUCGCCCGUCGGUACUGUGCAUGAGAGCGUGGUCUCUAUUGGCUUCGCGGCCACGAAUAACGAAGCUGAGUAUGAGGCCCUUAUCGCGGGCUUGAUGUUAUCUCUUCGGCUGGGGGCUGACUCCGUUCAUAUAUUUUGUGAUUCCCAGUUGGUCAUCGGUCAUCUCAACGAUGAUUAUCAGGCGAAAGACGGUCAUAUGAAUGCCUACGUUAGCUGCGUCUUAGCUCUUUUUCGUCGUUUUGGCCACAUCGAAGUAGAAUUGAUUCCUCGGGAACACAAUUCGCACGUAGAUGCCCUCGCUGGUCUCGCUUCGGUUUAUAAAUCGUCUGGUUGCCGAACCCUAAUUUUCGUUGCCGUGGAUUCUCCGAGCAUUGAACCAGCUGGAAACCUGAUGAUAUUGGUCGUAUUACUUGGCCCUAGCCGCAUGGAUCCCGUCAUAGCCUAUCUGAAGGCCCAAACUCUUCCUCUGAACAAGAAGAAGGCCCAUAAGGUUCGCUGCCAAGCCGCGAAUUAUUACCUCGGAACGCACGACGUUUUGUAUCGACGUACAUUUACGGGUCCCGACCUUCAAGUUGUUCAUGAAGACCAAGUACCGAGCAUGUUAGAGGAGCUUCACGCUGGUAGCUGUGGUGCACACUCGGGCGGACGAUGUCUCGCUUAUCGAGCGUUGACUCAGGGGUAUUGGUGGUCGAAGAUGCACAAGCAAUCUGAGGAAUAUGUCAAGAAAUGUGUUCGAUGUCAGAAACAAGCGUCACUUAUUCACAAGCCGGCCUUCCCCUUGAAGGUGAUUUCUAGUCCCUGGCCGUUUGCCGUCUGGGCCUUCGACAUUGUUGGUAAAAUGCCUAAGGCGCUCGAGGGAUUUGAAUACAUGCUCACUGCUACCGAUCUUUAUACCAAAUGGGUCGAAGCUGUCCCCUUGGUCCACACAAAGGCCAGCGACGUACAAAGCUUCAUUUGGAAAAACAUUAUCUCUCACUUCGGCGUCCCUUAUGCUAUUUUGUCUGAUAACGGCUCUCAGUUCGUCGCCACGGCCAUCAAGGUUUUCUACAAAAAAUUUGGCAUUCGUAUCCAAAACUCCUCGGUGGCCUAUCCGCAAGGUAACGGUCAAGCCGAGGCAUCCAAUAAAACCAUCACACGGGGGCUUAAGCGACGAUUAGAUGCGAAGCUUAGAAAAUGGGUGGAAGAGCUUUCUCAUGUACUCUGGGCUUAUCGAACUACCCCCCGUCGGUCGACUGCGCGGACUCCUUUUUCGAUGGCGUAUGGCAUGGAGGCUGUCCUCCCCCUCGAAACGUUGCUUCCCACUCCGCGAUCCAAGGAUUUCAACUUUGAGGAUAAUGCCGCUCAGGUCGGAUCGGAGCUCGUUUUUGCCGAGGAACUCCGCGACAAUGCCAACUUGAGGCACGCCACCUAUCAGCAGGAGGUCGCCUGGGGCUAUAACAAAAACGUUCGGCCAAGGCCAUUUAACGUCGGUGACCUUGUGUUACGGAUGGUUACCGAGGCAGAUCGACUCACGAAACUCAAGGAUCCUUAUGAAGGCCCGUACAGGUUGGCUCUGAAAAUCGGCCAUGGCAUUUAUAAGUUGGAAGAAAUGGACGGAACCCCGAUUGCUAAUCCGUGGAACGCUCAGAAAUUGCGGAAGUUCCAUGGUUGA